UUAAGACUACUAAGUUCUUUUGGAAAUUGUCGUAAGACCACCAUACCAUGGGUUGGAGAUACAGGAAGAAUAAAAGUUUAGAAAUUUUUUUUUCUAGCUAAUGGGGAUACAGGAAGGACAACAAUUUAGAAAAUGCAGUUCUUUAAUCAAGAAUAUAAACGUGCUCAUAGAGCCUGUCAUCGAGGUACAUCCAGCCAGAAUGCAAGAUCUUGUCACCCAGCUUUUUGAAAGAGUUCUGGGUCAUCACUUAUUUAUCGGAGCGAUACUAUCUGACCUUAUAGCCCGGGUACAAGCUAAAAUCUACAUCUCUAUUGAGCUGGAUUGCGAAGGGGGGCUUCUCGAAUGCGUUCCACAUUUUCAGAGGUUCGAACCGUUCGUGGAGUUCCUGGUGGUCUUACUCAUUAAAUCACAAACUAUCAGUCAAGCAAAAGAUGAAAUAAGGAAACAGAAGGAUAUAGCAAAAGUGAUAAAGCAGAAAAAUAGCAAAAAACAAUGGCGUUUGAUACAAACGUUACUGGGAUCUAAUGUAGCCAGUACUGCCAGCGCCAGCAGCAAGUGA